AUGCCGUCCUAUGACAAGCUUAAAGCAACACGACACGACCGUGUGAGGACAUUUGAGAGCAAAGAAGGCGAAACACCCAGUGCCAAGGAAGCGUUUUGGAAGCCCAAAUAUAUGAAAACCACCAACCCCGACGAACUCGAAAAGGCGACGUUGAUUCCAGUCCCCUUUCAGGAAAAUCUCUGGUGCUGGGCAUACAGAUUUACAGGAAAGGUGAAUGAGCAGGAAAAGGAGCUGUUUGCCCUGAUCUCUCGGGAAAAAGGCAAAGUGAAGCUCAUGAACUACUUCCAUGAGAGGUACUCGUACCUCUUACGCCACGAGGUGCCGGGUCACAAAGGUUACUCGGAAAAAGAUUUUCUUUUCAUCAAUACCAAUAACCCUGUGCUAAGGAACACGAGCGCUGGGGGAAAGACGCCUCCGGGUCGCACAGGUGAAGUGCAUGCUCAGAGCCCACAUGGGCCAGCAUUCAACGUUCCCCAAAAUGACCACGCCGGCCAGACAUCCGAUGAUGCAGACUUGGAAGAGAUGGCCGAUGACCUCGGAUUAGCCCCGAUGAUUCCGAGUGUUUCACCGCAGAGUGGUGUCGGGUUCGAUGUCAACCGAGCGCUCUUCAAGCUUGUUGUAGCGGAUGGGAAUAGUAGAGAGUACGGAAUGAGGUUCCACGGCUGCGACACGGUGCAAGAUCUGUUCGAGAAGGUGGCUGAACGAGUCGAGGACGAGUUGGGCCCCGGAGAUGUUCUGAGAAAGCUGAUCUUCUAUGCUGACAUGUUCGUUCCGGAGCGCUGUCGCCCGGAAAUGGACGUCCCUAGAGAUCAUGAACCCAGCUUUAGCGGUGUAGUUAGCAGGAUCAGAAAGAUCUUGGAAGUUGUGGAGGACCAGAUUGAGAUGGUUGUGGAAGUGAUCGUGAGGAGGAACAACUAG